AGGGAAGAGAGAGAGAGAGGUAGCAGUCAGUGCAAUGGGAUAGAGGAGAGCGAGGAGGAGGAGGAGGAGGAGAGUGAAUGAGAGCUGCUGGAUCUGCCUUGCCUGCAUGCCUGCCUGUCGUCUUGCUGAAGCUGGGUUUACCACCACGCUGCACUGGCACAGAGCAGAGUCACGGCCCGUUUGCACCACCACCGCCGCUGCCAUCCACACUCUCAGCACCGGCUCUUACUCCAGUGACGCCACCAACGAGGAAAAAACCAGGGACCGAGCUCGCCGGGCUUUCUCCAUCUUCAAGGGGGGGACGCAGCAGCUACGAAGGGGCCUGACGCUACAAUUUAGGCACCAGCUGCUACCUCAACCAAAUCCCCCCUCCACCUUAUCCCAUCCUUACCAACACCACCACCACUCCUCUUUCUUGCUCCUCCCUAUGCCCUUGUCCUCGGCGGCUCCUCUCACCUCCCUGGCUAGUAUAUGGAUAGAAGCUCCCUGUUUCAGCUCAUACAAGAGCAGCUGGACCCAGAGAACACCGGUUUCAUUGCAGUGGAGAACUUCACCAGCUUGGUGGAGCACCAUGAGCUGCAGCUGGACCCGUCCAAACUGGACAUGCUGUUAGCCCUCGUCCAGAGCAAUGAAGAGGGACAGGUGUGCUACCAGGAGCUCAUCGAGCUGAUGAGCAGCAAACGCUCCAGCAGUUUCCGACGAGCCAUCGCCAAUGGCCGCCGCACGCUGCAGAGGGAGAUCCUGCUGGACGAGACGGGGCUGGGUCUGUACAAACGUUUUGUGCGCUAUGUGGCCUAUGAGAUCCUGCCCUGCGAGACGGACCGACGCUGGUACUUCCACCAGAACCGCCUGUGCCCCCCGCCUGUCUUCAUCGCCAUUGUCACCAUUGUCCAGAUUAUCGUCUUCAUGUGCUAUGGCAUCAUGCUGAACAAGUGGGUACUGCAGACCUAUCAGCCUGACUUCAUGAAGAGCCCCCUGGUCUACCAUCCCGGCCACCGUGCACAAGUGUGGCGCUUCUUCAGCUACAUGUUCAUGCACGUUGGUUUGGAGCAGCUGGGAUUCAACGCUUUACUGCAGCUGAUGAUCGGCGUUCCUUUAGAGAUGGUCCAUGGCAUCUUACGAAUAAGUCUGCUGUACAUGGCAGGAGUGCUGGCCGGCUCGCUGACAGUGUCCAUCACCGACAUGCGUGCUCCAGUGGUGGGGGGCUCCGGGGGGGUCUACGCUCUGUGCUCAGCUCAUCUGGCCAACGUCGUCAUGAACUGGGCUGGGAUGCGCUGUCCGUACAAGCUGCUCCGCAUGAUCCUGGCGCUAGUUUGCAUGAGUUCAGAGGUGGGUCGAGCAGUCUGGCUCCGCUUCUCACCGCCGCUGCCGUCCUCAGGGCCCCAGCCCAGUUUCAUGGCGCACCUGUCGGGGGCCGUGGUCGGCAUCAGCAUGGGUCUGCUGAUCCUGCGCAGCUACGAGGAGAGCCUGCAGAAACAGUGCUCCUGGUGGGUCAUCGUCUUCUCCUUUAUCACCUUCCUCCUCUUCGCCAUCUUCUGGAACAUCUUUGCGUACGAGCUCCUAGGGGUGCAGAUCCCGCCUCCUCCCUGAUGAUAACCCCCCACCCUCCCUUUCCUUUUCCUGCCCCGGGCCCUCCUCCAUGUACACACUUGACUCCAACUCUGUUCCAAACAAAGGUUCCCCCCCUUUGACCAUUGUUAACUUUCCCAUUUCCUCUCAAGUUAGACCCAAAUGAAAUGAUAGCAGAUCAUUCAAACUAAAAUCGACCAAGAAUCCUUUUUUACAGAUACUUUGCAAAUCAAAGAAAUAUGUCUCUUUUAUUAAAGAGGGAUUACAGUAGCAACAAGUACAGGUGAAAGUUCCUCAGAUCCAUUUUGAGGAGCAAUAUAUCUUUUUAUAUACAUUGAAAUCUCAUCCACAUUACCAGCGCUAACCUUUCGGUGAGCUUUUAGUCACUGCGCUUUGUUUUUUUGUUGUUCUUUAGAGGCUGUUUCAUCAGUCGUUUCUUUGAGCAAAUCUUUCAUACAUGUAAAGACCUCAAGUAAGAAGAACCACAGUUCAUGAGAUGUGCCUCUGGUGAAAAGGAAAAGCAAUUAAAGGGAGCAGAACAGUAGGAAUAUGUGCUGGCAAAAUGCUUAGAGAAAUUUUCCAUCUCUCGUAAAGGUCAGAGAUGAGGAUCCACUGCAGCAACGUCCCUUAAACCAACAGGGUUUCAGUGUUUCACUUCAAGGCAGGAGACUUUCGGCUGCGCUGUGAGGGAAGAUUUAAAGAAGAAUUUCAGGAAGAGCACAUUUGUUUCCAGGGGCAGCAAUAAACAAAAACACUGAAGCACCAAUGAAAUCUUAUUGUUGAUAUGAAUUUUUGAUUUCACAUCCCUGCUGUAACUCGUAGGGGUCACUGUGGUUUUGCUGCAGAGUUUGCUGGCGUGCUAACAUAAAAGGAAAAAACAACUUACAAAAUGUUUUCUCCAAACUGAGCUGCUGAAUAGGGUCUCCAGCCAAAAGAAAUCAGCUGUAAUUCAUUGCCUGGAGUGCAAACAGAUAAAGAAAUUCCUUUGCAGAGCAGGUGUAGGAAGAACGGAGGAAAGAUUUUAAUGUGGAUUCUGUCAUCCUUAAGGUUAGAGGCAUCACUGUCAUUUUCAGCUUCAUGGGGUCUUUAAAAGUUAAAGGACAUGAGUUUUUCUCUGUUAUUUCCAUAACAUUAUACCUACACUGUGGACACAGAAACAUAGUUCAAAACGACAUAGACAAGAUGUGAAGAUGGGAAAUCGCAUGACAGAGGAGGAAAGAGAUAAAACAGUUGAAGUUUUCCUGGAUGGUCAUCACUUCAGCAAGCAAACUCCUCCUGUUGCUGUGUCAAAUGUUAACCACCAACUUGCUAGGCGCACCAUGUAAAAUAUGCCAUGUCAUGCUCUGUGGCUCUCAGCGAGACAAGGACAAACACACACACACGCACACACACACACACACACACUUCUCCUCUUUGUCUUUGAAAGCAGCCACUGUCUGAUUUCUGUAGGUCAAUGUGGACAAACUGAAGAGAAGAAACACACACACACACAUAUAUAUAUAUUACACACACACAUACUGGCCUCUGCCUGUUCUCGCUCUGACAGACUGAACUGGGGAGGGCGCGGAUGUGUCAUCACCUGACCUCUGACCUUCGUGUCCCAGAGGGCAUUGGGGUCUCUCUGUCGGGCCCAGUCUAUACCUCAGUUUCUCAUUCUUAGGGACUGUAUACUUUUGUAAAGGAAUGUACCUAUAAAAAAAAAAAGAGUGUUAUUAAGUUGUCCCCGUUUUUCAUUUGAUAGUGGAUGUGUAUAUUGUAUGUUCAUAACCGAGAGUAUAUUUAUUUGUAUUUUUUUCCUCUUUGAGGGGAAAAGAGAAAAGUUUCAAAUGGUGCAAAAUUAAUGCUAUGAUUGUUGUUCUUCUGAUAACUCCUGUAUGGCUUUGAUCCUCUGAAAGAGUAGUCUAUGAGGCAAAAUCCCCUGGUUUGUUAGGUGACCACCAACGACUCAAGCUCACUUGAUUUUAUAAAUCUUUAGUGCUUUACAAAAUAAGCCAUAGAAAGAACUAAGUAGAGAGAGAACGGAAGCAGAGGGAAAAGGUAUUUGUUGGUUUGAAACUUCCUGAUUGGUAGCUUCAGUUGAUUUUUAUUUAUUUAAUUUUUUUGUUUGUGCAAUCAAACAUCAUUUUUUCAUUGUGACUUUCAACGGGUGAGGCGGGAGAAAACAAACUGUGUGACCCUGAACUGUUUGAGAUAUUUUCAUGUAGCUGAACUCGCUUUUGCAACUCGUUCACCAACUCGUUUGCAGUUGAUGCAGCUUCAUUUUGCAAGUGCCCACAUCUCCAGACUCUCCCCUGCAGCAGCAGCAGCAGCAGCAGCACCAGCAGCAAUGUGUGCGGACACAUCGCUGCAGUUCUUCUUUUGCAAAUAACAAAUUAUGGACAGGGCUUCUGUCAUAUAUUAUCUCCAGAGUGAUCCAAGCUUUUGGAAAGCUGAGGCGAGGAUAGCAAUUACAUUUACUCAUGCUCUGUUCCAUUUUUCAGUCUUUCAAUCAAUAAUUCAUUUGAAUGUCCACUGGCUGCCUGGUUAAAAAAAAAUGCAUUUGCCAAUUUUGAUAGUUGAUCAUAAAUACAGUCCGCAGCAUUUGCUUCCACAUGAAACUGUCACUAGUAACAGAAGACUCUGUGGUAAAUGAGGGGAUUGGUGUGAAAUAGCCAGAAUAAGCCAUUUUCAGAUACAUUAAAAACAGAAAAGAUCAGCCAAUACAUGGUAGUAAUGUAUCCUUGAUGGAAACUCUUGUGUAUACUAGGAAAUAUUAUUGCUUGAGAUAGCAAAUAUACAUUGAUGAAUAAUGCAUACAUACCCUGUUAGCCUAUAAUGAAGAUAAAGAGGAUGCCUGAGAGGAGGUUAAUGUGCCUCUUUAACUUAAGAUUCAUAGGAACCCAGAAGGGUUGUAAAAAGGGCUAGUAAAUGGCUAUGCUUUUGUAGAACACAUUAACUGUGAAUAUUACCCCUCCUGGUAGUACACGCAGGACUAAAAUCCAAGGCUUGUGAAUUCUUGUCACCCUUGAACCACAAAAAAUGAAAAUGAUACUCCACUGGGUUCUCCUCAUGCGAAGUGAAAUGUCCAGUGUUUCAUUUGUUACAAGUCUCUUCCGGAAAAAAAAAGCAGAUAAGAGAGAAUGAGAAGUAUCUAGAAUCACCUCUUGGGGUGGAGGGACGUUUUCAGGAGUAGUUUAUCACUUUUCUGUGAGCCAAAUCUCCUGGCCCUGAGCCUGAGCCGACCACAGCACCAACACACCGUCCAAAAAAAAAUAAAAAAUCAUCAUGUCUGAGGAAAACCUCUCCUGUGCUCAGGCAGCAGCUCACCUUAAAGGAGAGGAGUGAUAGAGGCCUGACUCUCAUCCUCUGGUUGACAGCAUGUGGCAGUUUUUGGGGAGGGACGGCAGACACAACAGCCGACAGUGGAGGCACUCUUCAUAAAAAACCCUGUAUGUGCUUCUCCAUCCUAUUGGCGCUUGCAUCACAACACCCCCAGUGUCAGGAUGAUGUAUGGCUGUUUGCAAGGAUACACCAGAGCCCAAAGCUAACAGGAUAUCUUCCUUUGAUAAGUGGAUCUGACAGGUUGCAUGAUGUGUAAUUUAAUUGCUGUCUUUGAGUGACGUAUUUGAUUUCCACACUAUAAGGAAGGCAUGGUGAGGGAUGGCAUGAGCUGAAUAGGAGCAGCCUAUCAAUAACGUGAUCCAUCACUUUGGGCAGUCCACAUCCUCCCCUCAGCUGGUUUCGAUACAGUCAUGACCGCGGUACGAGGUGAUGUUUAAAGGUUAGUGCCAACUCUAAGCAAAACUCAUUGAUACAUGGACCCUUUGUUGAUGUGACUGUAAGUGAAAUAUUGUUCAUUUCUGUGCUUUGUCUCAUUCAGAAAUGCAGCAUAACUUUACAGCAGCAUACUUGACAUUUCUCUAACUGCUGUUUUUUAUUUCUUGUUCCUGCAUUUUUGUCAUAAGCGGACUUGUUUUGCACUUAUUAUAUAUUGUAUUUAACUGACAUGUUGCCGUGUGCCAUAUUCUCUACUGCCAUAAUCAUGAUUUGAUGCUUUUGUACCUCCCUAUGCCAAUCCAUUGUGCUGUUAUGCCCAAUGCCUUGUUAUAUAUAUAUACACACAUAUAUAUGAGCCCAAGACUGAGCACCGGGCAGAAAGGCUGCUUCGCUGUUAGCUGUACAAUAUAUUCCACAUGAUCAUGCACAGGAUCCAUAAGAGAAAGAGGCUGCAGUGCAAACAACUGUAUAUCCAGUAGCUGCUCUGAACUGCUGCUUGUCAACAGGCCAGCCAGGCUGCCUUUUCUUAGUGUUUAGUGCUACUUAGAUAUGGGUAACUGUCACUGCAGGACUGUGCAGGUAAAGCAGGUGACUGUAGCUCCAGAGAUGGAACUGUAUUCACAACAAGAGUCAUUAGAUGCUCACCAGUGCAGAAAUAUACUCUCUUAGCAUUUUAGUAAAGAUGUUGAAACCUGCAAUGUGCUGGUUCAGGGGUUCUUAAAGUUUUCAGAGUGUACAGACAUUUGGCUUCAAAUUUAUCCUGGAUAUACUUUACAAUGUGUAAAACAGGUUCAGAUUUUACAUUUGUGCAAACAAAACUGAUUUUUACACAAAAACCAAACAUGUGUCUUUGAAUCCCAACACAUGUGGAUUGUCAGAAAUUUCACAAUCUAUCCAACUGUCCAUUAUGCUAAAACAAUUUUAAGUCUUCAGUGUCUGUUAAUAAGGAAUGCCACUGAACGCUCUGGUUUUCAUGUGGGUUAGUGAACACUGAUUUUUGUCUGCCACAACUAGAAACAAGUGGAAAAAAGGUUUGUCUUUCAGUCUGUAACAGAGCACAGAUGUACACCGCCACUGAGACAAACUGCUAAGAGUCAAAGAAGGAUUGUACCCCCCCCCCCCUAGAUGAGGGUACAUUUUCUGGUUUAUAACAAUACUCCAGUCUUGGUUUCCCAGUUUCUAGCUUUGGUACAGAUUCUUUUCAUGUUCACAAAUACUGCCUGAGCCACUUGAGGUCGCGCAAAUAUCACAGAUGGUUCCUUCAAAUGUGAGAAUUGUUUCCCUCUGUCGGUUUAGUUAAAAAAAAAAAAAAAAAACAGUCAUAUCUGUGCUGCUGUGGUAGUUUUUCAUGAGCUGCUUACUUGUAUUGAUAAAAUGGUGCCAAGCUUAAAAGGUUCAAUCUCUCAGACCAGACAAGAGGUUGGACCAACACAGCGUUUACAAAAAGAAAAAGCAGAAGAACCUAUUUUUCUCUUGGUCAUGAGGAAACUAAAGGAAAACUAAAUUUACAUAUGGAUAAUUUAUAUCAAAGUCCUCAUUAAUUAUUUCACAAUCUAUUGUACUUUUUAAAUGUUCUGAACGGAACCAUUUUAUAUUGUAUAUAUAUGAAUAUAUUUUGUUUUAUUUUGUACUGUUCAUUGUACUUUGCUUUAAUUUAGAAACAAUAUGAAUAAAGAACAAUACUGUGGCAACA